GGACUUUUCAGAGACCUGUAAAACGUGUUCGAUAGGUGUUUCGUAGCGUGUUAUGAUGGAAAGCAGGCCCGUGAAGAAGAGACUAAUGCUGGCCAGAUAUAAUGCAGAUUUGUAUUUUUAAGACAUAAUUAACAUCUAAUGUGGUAGACUAAUCAUCCGUGAUCAUGGAGAUGGAUAGCGCAGACCUUAUGAGCAGUCUUCAACUGCACAAUGACUUCUUCAAGAGUAUGACUGAUCUGAUACCUGCUAGGUAUUACUUUGAGCAAGAAAUCAAGCAAGGCCCGGCAGGCACCGGCAAGUUCCACCACAAUGCAAAAGAGAAAGCUCCCAAACAGCAACUCAAGGACAAGUCUAAGAAGAAGACCAGCAACAAACGACAGCGCUUGGACCCCGACAAGCAGCGCAGUGUGACCCAGAUCCAGGAGGGGAUGGACAAAGGUCAGAUCUCGGGGAAAGACGGGGUGGCGACCUCUAGCCGGUUGUGGAGAGAGAAGUCGGAGGACGAGUCCGAGAGCGACGCCGUGGGAACGGGACUAGAAGACCUUUCUGAUGACAGUGGUGCUGAAGAUGACUCAAAAUCACCAGCUGUCUCGUCGCGGAUAAAACCCAUGAGUGUUGAAUCUGUUUCAAGUGGUGCCACUAUCGAUGAACUCAGAGAAAAGGUUCAAAAGAGAAUCGAAGAACUUCGAACAAAACGAAAAGCCAGGGCUCCACUGAUGGAGGAUAUGGUACCUAAGAAAAUUGCUCGGAAAGAAGCGGAAAAGGAGAAGAAGAAGAAAGCAGAAGCUUAUAAAGCAAUUAAAGCUUCUAAAGCACAGUUAGAAGUUUCAGAGAAAGCCAAACAGAAACAGAUGGUUAAUGGAGACAUUCACAAUGACAGUGAUGAUUCUGGCGAUGACGGUACCACCCCUCAAAGAACUAAAAAGAGCGACAAGAAAUCCGCCAAGGGUGGAAAAGGGGGGCAGAAAGUGGCCGGCGGGGACGACGAAGCGGCCGUGCGGUUCAGUCAGUUUGACUUUGCAGAGAGCGAGCGGGAGCAGCCGAAGAAGAAGAAGAGGAAGAAGUUGACGGAGCCGAGGAGUAACAAGGACUUUGGUCGGCUCCUGAAGAAGGCGGAGCUGAAGGAGCAGAAGAUGGCGGAGAUGAAGGAGAAGGAUCCAGACAAAGCCCAGGAGGUGGAGACGGAGGGCAAGUGGCAGACGGUCAUCGAUAAAGCUCAGGGAAUCAAGGUCAAGGACGAUGUGGAGCUCUUGAAGAAGUCGAUCAAGCGGAAGGAGCAGCGCAAGAAGGCGAGCAAGAAGCAGUGGGACGAGCGCAAGGCCAAGCUGGAGGAGAAGAUGAAGCACAAGGACGCCAAGAAGAGGACCAACAUCAAGGCCAAGACGGACGGCCGCAAGGCCAAGAAGGUCAAGCGGUUACAGCAGAAGGGCAAGCUCCUCCUGCAAGACUGAGGAUGAGACGGAGAAGUGCCUCUCAGAGUCGGAGGGACGGACACCAGGGGGCGUUUCACAAAACUUGCUUGCUCUAGUGAACAUAGGACAUGCAAAAGGGUAUUAUUGAACAAUCCUGGUGUCUGAACACACCCUCAAUGUCUAAUUAGACUGAUACCUUCCACAUGAGUUCCCCAGAAAGUCACGUUGAGCUUUGCCCAAAAACUUGAUCCACUACGGUAGUCCUUGAGUGUCUGUCCAGAAUAUCAAAAAAAAUUCAUAUGAACCCCAGAGGGGCAAAGUUGGCACAUACAUAAAAUUCCAAUUUCGAGGAAAACGUGUUUAAAGUAUUGUUAGAGAGAAAUCUGCAAGACAACG